GCGGGAGACAAGGGGAGCAAGAAAGGCGAAGGCCAGGCGGAGGGGUGGGGAGUGAUAAGAAGAGCGAGAGAAAGGAAGGGACAGCGGACUAGCAGACCCGGUGUCUGGAAUCCCGCGCCUAGAAAGUGUUUUUCGGAAGAGCAGAGGCGGUGUCUACGCUGGCUGGGGUUACAGUAAGUGCCUUGUGAGCCUAAUGCCUCGGGGCUGUGGAAGUCCAGCAGGCCUCACAGGGGUAGAAGAGGGCCUUAAAUGGUGGCUAAGCUUGGAGAGGGUGGUAGUUUUGAAAAGAGCAGGAGUUCUUGCCUUGGAAGAUGGAGGCAUAGCAUGCAGCCUGCCUGGGUACCUGGAGCGUGGACUGGUACAGCUUGGGAUUCCCUGUGUUGGGGAAGCUGCAAGGCCUCUCCUUCCGAUGAAAAGAGAAAGGAAGAAUGGAUUACAGUCACCAAACGUCCCUAGUCCCAUGUGGACAAGAUAAAUACAUUUCCAAAAAUGAACUUCUCUUGCAUCUGAAGACCUACAACUUAUACUAUGAAGGCCAGAAUUUACAGCUCCGGCACCGGGAGGAAGAAGAUGAGUUCAUCGUGGAGGGGCUCCUGAACAUCUCCUGGGGCCUUCGCCGGCCCAUCCGCCUGCAGAUGCAGGAUGACAACGAGCGCAUUCGGCCCCCUCCGUCCUCUUCCUCCUGGCACUCUGGCUGUAACCUGGGGGCUCAGGGAACCACCCUGAAGCCCCUGACUGUGCCCAACGUUCAGAUCUCAGAGGUGGAUGCACCACCGGAGGGUGACCAGAUGCCAAACCCCACAGACUCCAGGGGCCUGAAGCCCCUGCAGGAGGACACCCCACAGCUGAUGCGCACACGCAGUGAUGUUGGGGUGCGUCGCCGUGGCAAUGUGAGGACGCCUAGUGACCAGCGGCGAAUCAGACGCCAUCGCUUCUCCAUCAAUGGCCAUUUCUACAACCAUAAGACAUCCGUGUUCACGCCAGCCUAUGGCUCUGUCACCAACGUCCGCAUCAAUAGCACCAUGACCACCCCACAGGUCCUGAAGCUUCUGCUCAACAAAUUUAAGAUUGAGAAUUCAGCAGAGGAGUUUGCCUUGUACGUGGUCCAUACGAGUGGUGAGAAACAGAAGCUGAAGACCACCGAUUACCCGCUGAUUGCCCGAAUCCUCCAGGGCCCAUGUGAGCAGGUCUCCAAAGUGUUUCUAAUGGAGAAGGACCAGGUGGAGGAAGUCACCUAUGAUGUGGCCCAGUAUAUAAAGUUCGAGAUGCCAGUACUUAAAAGCUUCAUUCAGAAGCUCCAGGAGGAAGAAGAUCGGGAAGUAAAGAAGCUGAUGCGCAAGUACACUGUGCUCCGGCUGAUGAUUCGGCAGAGGCUAGAGGAGAUAGCCGAGACCCCAGCAACAAUCUGAGCCACGAGAACGAGGGGAUCUGGGCACCCCAGGAGCCGCCAUUGCCAUAAGACCCCCCCAGGAAGCUGGGCACUUUCUUUCCAUGGAAACAUUUAGACGCAAACCUCCCCAGCUCCGGCCAAGUCAUCAUUUGCUACCAGGAGCUGGAUGUAGAAGUCAGCAGACAGUUCCCCAUCCCUGGACACCUGCUCUCCCUUCUUCCACUCGCAAGGACUUUUGAUUUUGGUUAUAAGGAGGACCCAAAAUGUGUGUGUGUGCAUGUGUGUGCACACAUGGUACGUGUCCAUGUGCCUACCUGAUACUUUCACAUGUAAUUAAAUUCCAGGCAACCAGCACAAGAGCCGUGAACCUGGCAAAUGUGCUGUUUAUGGGCCAGAAAAUCAGAGGAACCAUGAUCUGAGGGGUAUUUAGGUUGAAGGAAAGAUUUCUCCUCUCAAGCGCCACAGAGCAGCCACCUGUCUGCCUGUGUUUAGAAAGGGAAGAGGGUUCUCCAGGUUCACCAUUUGGGUUGUUUAUAUGUUGGUAGAAAUUCUCCCUGUGUUCCUAGCUGGAUCAGUGAAUGUGAGAGCCUUGGAAAUUAACAAAAUAAUAGCCACAUUAUCUUGAGGGAAGUCUGAUGGAAAUAAAAAGAUAAAUCAUCCGUGGGGUA